AUGUCACAUCACCCAUUGUUACAAGAUCCAACUAUUGCACAAAUUAUUCAGGUAGCAGAUCGUCUUACCGGUCAACGAUACUCAGGAGCAAUACUCUCAAUUAUUGGAAAUGAUAGAACUGCCAGUAUAAUAGCUGGUGACAAUUCAUUUGCUUCAUCGUCAUUCGGACAAGCCUUUGACUCGUCAUCAGCAUUUGUCGGAUCUAACUCCGUUAGUGGUGAAAAUGCACCACUAUUACAAGGCUCUUUUCGUGGUAAUAGUCCAUAUAAUGAAAAUGCAACUAGCAGUAUUGAUUCUACGGGAUUAUUACAAGGAGCAAGUUUAUAUCAAUCCGAUUUCGGUGGAGCACAAUCUGUAGCUUCAGACUAUGAUACAACAAAUAUAUCUCCUUCAGAAUUCGACGUUAACAAUUUAAUCCAACAAUAUUCGACUGAGAGAUCAUCGGUGUCAACCGGAUUCGACUCAACCCAAUUUUCAAGUGCGAAUACUGAUACUGCAUCAAAAAUAUUUCAAGAUCGACAUCCUUAUAUUAUCCGACAACCUGCUAAAGGUGGAGUCAUUUAUCAACAAAACGUAUCAGUAAGAUUUCUUCAACCUCCACCGCUUCCUCCACCUGGUCCAUUAAUAAUCAAAGAAGUUCGUCCACCCCAGCCUCCAGCUCCUCCUCCCCUUGUUAUCCGCAAAAAGCCUGCAGCUGUACCAACACCACCACCUCUCAUUUUGCGAGAAAAACCUCCACAAGCGCCUCAACCUCUUGCAGCCAAAACAAUUAUUCGUAACCUCUCAGCUAUACCUGUACCACCUCGCUCCGUCAUCAUUGAAAGAUUUCCCGCUCAACCACCAAAACCCAGAGAUAUAAUCAUUGAAAGGUGGGUACCUUAUGGUGCACAACAAAAGCGUAAAGUGAUUCUACAGCGGGCCACCGCAGCCAAGGCCUAUGAAAAACCAAGGAAUACCAUAGUAACCUAUGAAAAUAUAAAAGCAAACGUAGUACGACAAUUUCAGAAGUUGGGUGUUCAACAAGAAAAUCCACAAAGUUACGUCCGACGCUAUGGUACUAAUUUACUUGACGCCCAACAAUUGCUAGUACACGCACGUCAAGCAGGAUUCAUCGAAGACAUUUCUCCUCCUGAUGGCCAAACAUUAUCAACUAAUUAUAGCUCAAGUUCAUUUGAUGCCACAAAUUUCAACAGUGAACAAUUAGGAAAUUUAGGAUUUGGUGGUGUAGCAUCAACAGAUUAUAGUAACAGUGGCACAGCCGCCUAUUUAUCAGAUAAUAAUGCCAACAGUUUAUCAACAGAUUUUUCUCCGUUUACUGGAAAUUCAACAAAUAUUGAUAGUUUGAUUGGUAGUGCUGGUGCCACAUCAUCAACAAGUGGUUUCGCAUCCGCAAGUUUUGGUACAGAAUUUAAUACGGGAAGCGAUCUGGGACUCGAAUCAACACCAGCUACCGCGUUCAAUACAAAUAAUUAUGGUGUAAAUAGUGGAAGUGAUUUUAGUUCAGCAAAUAUUGGUGUUAGUAACAACGUAUCAAAUGAAGAAAGUUACAAUACUGCUGGAGGACAAACACAAGUAUUUUACAUUAAUAUGAAUGAAGAUAUGCAUAUUGUUUUGAAACGAUUUGGAAUUACAUUGGAUUAA